AUGAGCUGGGCUAAGCUUGGCUGGGCAGGACAGGACACUUGUGAAAAUUUGUUUAUCUUUCGAAUGGGGGACUAUCACGAUGAUAUCAGACAGGAACAAAUGUGGGAAAUGCAAGCUCUUACGUCAACACCAACACAAGGCCCAGCAGGUGAUCAAAACAGUCCGAAUGGCGUCACAGAUAUGGACACAUCCAACGACGAACGAACGGAUCUCGAAGCACUGGGCAUGGAUUGCUCAGGAACAGCCGAUAAAAGUGAUAGCAACCAAUCGAGUACGAAUAAUGACAGUCACCAUCACACGACAGUAUCAAGUGCAGACAGCAUAUCGGCGACUAAUACGACGUCAGUUCAUCCAUCAGCAAUGGCUGUAGCAAUUCAACAACAACUCACAGCUGUCGGAAUGGCCGGAAUUCUUAAACCAUCAACAGGUGUCGCAGCAGUCACAGGCUUACCACAAACACAGUCCACAUUAGCCAUGCCCAGUGAGGCUGAAACGACAACAUCCACACUGGCAUUACUCGAUCCACCAGGAGCUUUAUUGCAUCCAGCGUUGCGCGGUGUCAAGUCAAUCAAUAUUGCUGGUCAACUUGGACGCAAACGACCUCUUCUCGGUGUACCACGUUCCGGAAUGAAUCCCACCAAACGCACAGUGAUGACCCUCCUAGCCCGUGCCAAAAACUCACAAGCCAUACACUCUGUACGAAAUCCAGCAGCGGCCGCCGGCUUUGCUGAAACGUCACCCCAAUUCUCCAUUCUGUCAAGCAGUCCACUUCAGAUGUUAGCCUCACCUUUUAUUCUGCCACAACCAAUGGAUCAGUCAAUGGUUGCUCUACAAAAGGAGAGUCUGGCACAGGGUGUCUAAAAUAAUCCAACUGAUAAAAAUAAAACACACACCGUAGUAGAAUUUAGAAAAAAAUUAAAUAAUUUUUUUAAAUUAAUUACCACCACCAAAGAAAAACAAAAAAACACCACUCUUUCUAUUUAUUAAAAAUAAAAAAACAAAAUAACACAACCGAAAAAUCCCAAACGAUGCCACGAUAAAAUUAAUAAGUAAACAAAAACAAAACAUAUAUUUAACAUACUUUUAGGGACUUGAACACAAAUCACAAAGAAAAAAAAUAUAAAACAAAAAAAAAGUAUAUUUUUAAAUUAAUUUAAGAAACAAAAAAAAAAUAUAUAUAUAUUUAAAAAAAUAAAUAAAAAUAUAUAUGAAAACAUCAUUAAUUUCCCAAGCGAUGGACACGAACAUUUUUUAUAUUUAAAAUUAAACAAAAAUGAGACAAAACAAAAAUUGAUAAGCUAAUAAAAACAAAAUAUUUAUAUUUACAUAAUUUUUGUGAUUUUCUUUUUUUUAUACUUAAAAGAUGAAGAAAAAAAAUUAAAAUAAAUUCCUCUACUCGUAAAAAACACCCUUUCUUUGCAAAAACAAAAAAUCCCCAACAAAAACUAAUUUUAAAAAACGUACAUUUAUAUAUAUAUAAAUAAUAUAAACACAUUAAUCUAAAUGUCUAUUUGAAUUGAUAAACAAACAAACAAAUUAAUCAAAUUUAAACAAAAUGAAACUUAAACAU